GACCCUGGCCAGUGCACCGAGACCCCCGCCAAGCAACUGAAGAUCUCUUCCGGCGCAGCGGCGACGCUGACGUACGCAGGCGAGUGCGAGGGCGGCAUUCGCGCCAAGGAGGUCCGGUGCGCGGUGCUGGACGGGCCCUGGCCGCAGGGGGUGGUCGACAUGGUCGGGUCCCUCGGCAGGGAGGUCUCCUCCGUGCUGGUGAAGAGCUACGACUUCUUGUUGUCGCCUGAGAACAACGAGCUCGACGAUCUCGG